GAAUCAUAAGCUUCCAACAGGUUUUUAAAGAGAAUAUUUUAGAAACGUUUUGGAAGCGAGAUUCCGCAAGCUUCCACAAGGUUCCGAUUGCGAUUCCGAUUUCGAAGCGGGAAGCUGACGUCCGAUGAAGCUUUCGUGUAACGUAUCAUACAACCCAAAUCGUUCGUAGACAAAAAUAAAAUAAAAAUGAAGAAGCGUGGAAGGAAAGUGGAGUAAAAAAAGAUAGACAUGAUCUUCUCAAAACUCAAUGUACUUGUUUAAUUUUAAAUCUAAUAAAUUCAAAACCUAAGCAUAACGUAUGCAAAGCUGUAUAUGCAUGUAUACACGGAUAAAUACCAAUCACAUGAACUCACAUUUACUUCAUCCAGUGACAAACAACUCUAGCCAACCACAUAAAAUCAAAAAAAAAAGAAAAGAAGAUGAAUACUUUGUUUUACUUCCUUCUUGCCUCAACCGCUGUUUUGGCCACCACAGCAAACGCGAGCGAACCAGUUGUCGACGCUGAUGGUGAUCUCAUAUCCGACGGCAGCUACUAUGCUGUCCCCGUCACCGACAAUGAAGGUGGCCUGACUCUCGCUUCCGGUGGUGGCAACCAAUGUCCCCUUUAUGUCGGACCGGAAUUAUCAACGAAGAACAAGGGCCUUGCCCUAAAAUUCUCAAACUGGGGGUCAUGGGCUGAGUUCGUUCCCGAAUCAGAGAACCUCAACAUCGAGAUGAACGUCCCAUCUACGAUCUGCGGUCAGUCCUAUUGGUGGCUCACUGAGACUCAGAGUAAAGGAUUACUGUUCAUAGCAGCUGGUCCUAAGCCAGAAACUGGAAAAGAUUCGUCCAAGAGUUUCUUCCAGAUCAAGAAAGCUGGAGAUUUUCUUCGCGGUUACAAGUUUGUGUAUUGUCGUAACGAUAAGAGCUGCUACGAAUUUGGGAUGGUUGUGGACAGAUAUGGCUAUAACCGUUUGGCUCCAGCCAAUCUGCCAUUCCUCGUUGAGUUCGUGAAAGCUGUCAAGACAGAGACUUCGUCAAAGUCCAAGACAGAGACUUCGUUAAAGACUACAAAAUUUAGAGGAUAAGAUUUUUAACUUGCACACUAGUAAUAAAACUUUAUCUGUGUGUUCUAUGUUUUCAUUGUUCAUCUUUAAUGGAAUGAAACAUUAAUUUUCUUUUCAA